ACAAAUGCAUUCUUCUAACUGCUGGUGAAAAAUAAUGCGCGCAUUCCACAAACGUGCAUGCCAUUAACAAAGCAAGAAAGAAAAAAAAAAACCAAAAACACACACAAAGGAGAGAUUGUCAAAUGAGCAAAAUGGGCUAGAUUGGUCUAGAGAUUUGGUCUCAGCCCAUAUUAUUUUCCAAGUGCUGUGGUCCAUGAACCCAUACUAUGUACAAACCCAACCAAUCCAAUAGCGACAAAAGAGACGGCAAAAAAAGAGAGCGAGCGUGAGAGAAACAGAGAGAGAGAGAUGGCGGGUGCGUUUUGGGGGACGCGAGUGCUGGAGAUAGUGAAGAAGCACGACUCUGGAGGUCUAGUGUGGAAGAGAAUAAAGCUGACCACCACCCGUAAAGCCAACGCCAAGAAACGCCUCCUCCGUGUUUGGCAGAAUGAGGCUGUUCUGAGGGCAUGUGCAGAAACACCUACUUCACAAUCAUCAGGAGCUGCUGCCAGUGGAGUCUCUGAGAAAGAUAGCACAAAUAGCCAAUAAUGAGGUAGAAUGCUAGGCAAACUUGGACGUGUUAGUUUGGUCAUCCUUGGGCCUCUAAAUAUCAACCAUGUGUUAUAACCUUCAAAUGAAUACUAUCCUGAACCUCCUUUUUGAUCUUUCUAUUUCUAGAGUUGAGCAUUAUGUACGGAAGCUUUUAAGUCAUUGACUAAAUACGAUUAUAAUCAUGUGUAACCGUGAUAACUAUGAUGAAUUUUGAUGGUCAAUAAGACUGUUCUGAAAUUGCUUGCUGA